GCAAGGGCGGUCGGAGCGGCCCCCGGUGCUGCUCCCGGUGCGGCUCCCGGUGCGGCUCCCGGUGCGGCUCCCGCUGCUCCCGGUGCGGCUCCCGGUGCUGCUCCCGGGGCAGCCAGCGGCGCGGCUCCCGGCGGUUCCCGGCGCGGCUCCCGGAGCGCCUCCCGGCGGGGCAUCCUCCCGGUGCGCCCUCGGGAGCGCACGGCCGAGCCCCGCCGCCGGGCCGGGCCCGAGCCAUCCCGGGCAGCCCCGCCUGGGGCCGGCAGCAUGCCCCGCGGGCGAGCCUGGACGCCGGCGGAGGUCAGCAGCCUGCUGUCGCUGGUGGGGGGCUCGGGGGAGGCCGCGCUGCUCAUGGCCUCCACGUCGCGACCCAACGAGGCGCUCUGGCGGGAGAUCUCCCGGCGCCUGGCGGCGGCCGGCUACGGGCGCAGCGUGGCCCAGUGCCGCUCCAAGUGGAAGGCGCUCAAGCAGGCUUUCCACUCGGAGCGGGAGACGCGCCGCCGGGCAGGACACCACUCGCCCCGGCUGCCGCCGCACUACCGAGCCAUGAAGAGCAUCUGGAAGGCGGCCGGCAGACCCGUCUUUGGCGAGCGGAGGAUGCCAGACGUGGUGAAGCUGCCCUCCAGAAGGCGCAGGUCAGCCCUUGCCACACGCUCUCCAUCCUCACCAGAGCCACCAGAGCACGGCGUUGGCGGGGACACCCCUAGCACGCUGCUGUCACCGAAGCUGCAGCGUGCGAAGGACGAGCCAGAGAGCCCAGCUGGUGGGGAACACAUUGCUGGAGUGCCACCCACACCCCCUGCCAUGCCACACACCGGUUGCUGCUUCUCUCCCCUCUCCCUCCUGGGCUGUCACACUGACCUGAAGCAGGAAGGAGCUGAGGGAAAGGCCAGUUUUCCUGGUGAGACAUCCCUGGGGAUGGGAAGAGGAAACCAAGUGGUGCCGCUGGCUGCUGCAGCCACAGGCUCCCCCGGGACAGCAGCCACGAGUGAGCAGCCAGCAGCAGGUGAAGAUGCAUCAGACACAAGCCUGCAUGGGUCUGGCGUGGCGGGCUUGCUCCAGAAUGUCCAGCAGCUGCUGGUGCAGAUCCUGCAGACAUCCCGGCAGCAGCAGGCUCUACUGGAGAGCCUGGCCAGUGACACUGUGUCCCACCUCCACCUCCUGUCCCACAGCCUCGUGCAGGUGGGCGAGACCCUGCACCAACUCCUGCUCCGGCCACAGACCCACCCUGGCCCCAUUGGCCACUAUGUCCCCCACGUGCCCCUUUUUGAGGGUGGCUCUGGUGUGCCCUGCUCCCCUGGUGCUCCCCACACUGCCCCAGAUCACAAAGAGGAGCCUCAGAUGUCCGCUGAUGCCAGGUGCAUCCCCCACUGAGUGCCACCAUCACUGGCUCCAGGAGCAACAGCUUUGCUACAGAGCCAUGGCACAAAUCUUUAUAUCAGAGGUUCCAGAUAUUUUGAAAGUUUAUACUAGAGAGACAUUUUAAUAAAAUUAAAAAUAGCUUUUCUACCA